UGUCUGUGUCCUUUGUGAUUGGCCACAUCGAUCACUUUGGUUUUGGAAUUAAGACACUCAAUUCAAAAUCACUUUAAAGAAAUUUAAUAACAACACAUUAACAAGUUAUCAUAAUAUAUAUUGUUAAGAGUUUAAGCAUUUUUUGCUCAACGACUGCAAAGAAAUGGCCCUUUCAAAUUUAAAGAAUUCAAUGUGAACAGAUGCGACUCCCUACCCUAAAAGAAACUUUUAAAUUGAAACUGCACACAUUUACGUUAAAAGUAAGAGAUUAAUUUUCCUUCCAGAAAUAAUCUCUGAAUUGUUAAAACACAACAGCGGCUAUUUGUGAAUAACGCGUUGGCGAACAGAAAAACUGAAAUGCAGUAUAAUAGUAUCGGAGGUUAUCAGAGAGCCUUUCCGCAAUGAUUUAUCGGUUUUUCUUUGCGUUUCUUCACAGGGUGACUACAACGUCGAAGGCAAAACCGAGGGACGGUUACAAAAAGUGAUUUUAGGUGGUCACUUGUUAACGAAGCAUCCUACGAAUGACAAUGCAUAUGCGAACUUUCAGACAGAGAUAUUUUUGUGUCGCAAGUCUCUCUUGUGCCGCUGUUUUAUGCUACUUGUUUUAUAACCGCCAACUGUAUGAAACACCCGGAACGGCUAGUGCAAAUAACGUAGAGGACGAUGUUUCUGAGCCAUCCAACUCCCCUGAGCCAGACGUACAGCUGUUCGCCACCUUUCCAUCAUUUCGGCAGGAGGAGAAUCUCACAGCAACAGAGGGCAUACUCUGCAUCGACGAAGGCGAAGCGAGGUGGCAGUUCCGACUCCCUAAGGCUCUCAUCAUCGGAGUAAGGAAAGGAGGAACAAGGGUGCUCCUUGAUAUCUUAGCUCGCCACCCCAGCGUGAAGGCUUGCGCCAGAGAGGUACACUUCUUUGACCGUCAGGAGAAUCAUAAACUGGGACUUGACUGGUACAGCAGUCAAAUGCCGUUAUCUUUGGAGGCUGACAUUGUAAUUGAGAGGACUCCAGCCUAUUUCAUCUCGGAUGACGCUCCUCGACUAAUUUAUAAAAUGUCCCCGUCGGUUAAACUGCUGGUAGUAGUGCGGGAUCCAACGGUACGAGCGAUUUCAGAUUAUGCCGAGCUGUUUGACAAAUAUCACGGUGAGAUGAAACCUUUUGAAGAAUAUGUUACCGCGGAUUCGAAACACAACGUUGUUAAGACGUAUAGUGAAAUAGUGAAUACUGGUGUCUACACCAGUCAUCUGAACAACUGGAUGAAAUAUUUCCCUCUUGAACAAUUUCACUUCGUCAGUGGAGAACUACUCUUCAGAGAUCCCGUCCAAGAAAUCAAAGAAGUAGAGAACUUCUUAGCCUUGAAGCCGUUUAUCGACGAGAAAUUAUUCUACUUUAACAAAACUAAGGACUUCCCGUGUUUGGCUCCCGCCUCUAAAAAGAACGGGCAAAACGCUGUGUCUGGAUGCUUGUCCGACACCAAAGGACGACCCCACCCCGCCGUGAAUGAAGAUGUCGUGACAUUGUUGCGUGACUAUUACAGACCAUUCAACGAGCAUUUUUAUAGUGUUGUUCGAAGAAACUUCGCAUGGCCAUAGUCAACUAUUUCUUCCCUCUAGAGGGGUACUACAAAAGUUGUUAGUGAUUAAAAAAUAUGAACCGCGCGAGGAAGUGGGAUUAGCUAAAGAAGGAACCCACCACAAGUUCGAGUGAAAAGUGAGCAAAAACUUUGUACCUAGGUUAUUUACAUUGCAUUGCAAACUUUUGUGCCACAGUUUUAAAUAUCUUCUCAAAAGAAAUCAUUUCUAACAACAACAAAUGCCGUAAACAAAUUUUGAAGUUCAUAUGAAACACUUAAAACUACUGGUGAAAUGAACCUGAGGAUGAAAUUUCACCUGCGUUUGUACAAUUUCUCUGAAUUUUGAAACUCAUUUUCUCGAGUUCCCGUGGGAAAUUGUUUUAAGCGUUAUUUUAGGCAACUAUUUAUACAAAAUAAAAUAUACUUAAUAAAAAUUAUUCUGGUACAAGGUUUUUGUAU